UGUGCGCUACACUCGUUAGCUAACAGUGAAAUCAAAAACAGGCUUCACCGUGCUGUCUUCUUUGCCACACAUCAUGGAGAGUGGCUGUUAAGGCGAUUUUCUCGACUUAAAGUGUGUUGUUUCCUUAAGGAGCACCGGUUCAGUCUAACGGGCGUCGUUACGACAGGAAACAUGAAGAAAAAGAGCUCGGCGAAACGGCGCCAUGUGGUGGCGUGGAUCAACAAAGCCGAGUGGGAUCAGGUGCUGGAGUAUUUGUACUCCAAGGACUGCGGCUUGCAGAAGUAUGCCUUGCAGAGGGUGUCUGCGUGGAAGAGCAGGUACGCCAACAGCACGCCCGUGGCGGUGGAGAACACGGCGGACCUGGUGCGGUGCCAAGUCCUGGACCGCUCCGGCCAGCUGGACGGAGACGACCUCAUCCUGCUGUACGGCACGGCGCUCGUCAGGUUCGUCAAUCUGAUCACGGAGCGCCGACAGGGACGAGUUGCCCGGCCCCUGAGAUUGCUGGCGGGGACCUUGAACAUCCCUGAGUGGAUUGUAGACCUCAGGCACAAUUUCACACACCGCAAGCUGCCUACCUUGAACUGGUGUCGAAAAGGCUGCAAGGUUGUCCUGGAUUGGCUCCAGCAGGAGUACUGGUCCAGGCAGCUGGGAGGGGGGCUGAAUGAGGACUGGGGGUCACAGUCAGAUGGGGAGGAUGAGGAGAGUGAGUUGAAACAACAGGAGGAUGCGCUCAUGGCAAGGCAAAAGGAAAUCGAAGCAUACAAGGCUGCACGGGAGCUGUUGAUAUCCUAUGAAAAGGAGCAGUACCAGGCGUUUGAUGGCCUCCCUGAACAGAGGAGCCUGUGGCCGGCUCCCUUUGCAGACAUGAGUUGGAUUCUGGCUGAGAUCAAGCAGUUUGCUCUGGAGUCCAGUGAGACACUGACUGAUGUGUUGAUGGAAGAUGGGUUUCUGGUUCCCACUGUUGAACAGCUGGAGUCGCUCGGCUGUGACACUGUAAGUUCCACUGCCACCCAGCUUCCUCAGACGUUUCUGCGUUUUUGGCUGCCGCUGCUGAAGAUGCUCAACUCUCCAUCCUUUAUUCACCUCCUCCUGGAGAAGCUGUUUGUCGAGCUUCAGCAGCUCUCCAAGGAGCCCAGUAAUCACAGGUGUUUCUACAUCUCUGCUUGGAUCUCAGAGGUCAUCCUUUGCAACAGCAAGAGAUUUGAAUACCAUUUUGAGACAAAAGGUCAGAAGAAAGCCAGAAUGAAGGACAGGAUUUUUGUGAACCGCAUCCAACUGAGGUGGCAGCAGCUCCUCUCUGCAUGUCUAGAUGCUCCGUGUGUCAGCACGCCUCACCUACUUCAGCUGAUCCUGGAUGACAUGGAACAUCCUUUGCCUCUGGAAACCAGACAAGGGCUCCUUCAGCUCUGCUCCAUCUACACCCAGACUGCACACUCAGAGGAUCAGCCAAUGUCAGGGCAGAAAGAGCAGCCUAUCUACACACUGGAGAGCUUACAUGAGAAGCUGCAGCAUUCCAGGCGCCAGAGCCAGUCCCAUACCCAGCGCUCCAGGACCGACUCGGAGAGGAGCGACGCUUUUCAGGAGCACGAGGGAGCAGACGCUCAGGCUGACAAGGCAAAGUUGCUCCGUGGUUCUCCUUGGCAGGUUUGCACAGAUCGAGUUCAGUGGAAGAACUAUCCUCUUGGGAAAGCCCCAGGACAAUCAGAAGACCCCUCCUGCCUCAUGGUGGACAACUACUCAACCAUGACUGUGUUUGACCAGCCAGUGGAGCUGGAGAGCACCGCGUCACACAUUGCCCCCGGAGUCUCAGCACCGCAGAGAACAAGUGAAGGUGCUCUGUGGACCCACAGUGACGUCAGCAAAUUGAAAUCAGGACUGCAGCUCUUUUAAGUCAUACUGUAAUAACUGUAAAAUAUAAGUUCAAACUGCUGGCUCAUUGUUGAAUUCUUGCUUUUUGUUGUUUUGACACGUCAGGAAAACACAGGGGAAAUAACUUUGGUUACAGUAAAUGUACUCUAUUAUUACAGGAAACCACAGCUUAGCAGAGUUUACAUAGUCGCUGAAUAAGGUGUAACAUUAUACUUAAAACAAAUCCAAAAUUCAAAAAGACAGAGCUAAGUGCUGUGUCUGUCAUUUUUCCAGUAUGUAACUGUCCAAAGUGGAGCUGUGGUGCACCAAUAUUUAGCACUGCCUUUGUAAAAAUAAAUAAAUACCAUGCACUCCACACAGUAAGACGAGGUGAUGAGGCAGAAGUGGCAGUUUGUUCAUUCAUUGUGCACAUUUUUUUUUCUUACACUUUAAAGAAACACUGUUCUGUCAUUGUUCCUGCUCUGUUUUCACUGUAAAUACAACUGAGAAUCUCUCAGCAGAGAGUUUGGGAUUGGAUGACUCCCAGUUGGAAGUGCUGCCAAAGGUGAUUUUGCAGUAUUUGCAGUAUUGUGAAUAUUUACAUUUCAUCUUCACAUGUACACGUUCAAUAAAGCAAUUUUCAGUUAAAUGA